CCCAUCAUUCUGGGGACGCUGAGCUGGUGGGACUGAACCAUGGCGUGGGCCCCUCUUCUCUUCGUGGUGCUCGCCCACAGCACAGGUUCCCUGGUCCAGGCAGCGCUGACUCAGCCAUCCUCUCUGUCGGCCAAGGUGGGAGAGACGGUCAAGAUCACCUGCUCUGGUAGCAGCUACAACUAUGGCUGGUACCAGCAGAAGAUCCCUGGCAGUGCCCCUGUCACUGUGAUCUACAACAAUAACAACAGACCCUCGGGCAUCCCUUCGCGAUUCUCCGGAUCCAAGUCCCGCUCCACGGCCACGUUAACCAUCAAUGGGGUCCAAGCCGAGGACGAGGCUAUCUAUUUCUGUGGUAGCUAUGACAGCAGCAGUGGUGUAUUCGGGGCCGGGACGAUGCUGACGGUCACAGGCCAGCCCCAGGUUGCUCCCACCGUCAACCUCUUCGCGCCAUCCUCCGAGGAGAUGUCACAGGGCAAAGCCACCUUGGUGUGCCUGAUAGAGAACUUCUACCCAAGGGAUGUGACGGUGGAAUGGGUGGCUGACGGCAAGACCAUCACCAGUGGUGUGGAGACCAGCCAGCCCCAGCAGCAGAGCAAUGCCCAGCAGCAGAGCAGCACCCGGUACAUAGCCAGCAGUUACCUGUCGCUGACUCCCACCGAAUGGCAGAGUUACAAUUCUGUCUCGUGCAAGGUCAGGCACACGGCUGGAAACGUGGAGAAGACCCUGAACACAUCCGAGUGUGCCUAAGCCACCCUGCCGGCCCUUUGCUGGCUCCCUCCCUCCCCUCCACUCUGGGAGCAGCGGCUCCCUGCCGCAGACGUCUCUGCCCAUGUCCGCCCGUCCCCUGCCCCUGUCCCGCCUCUGUGAGUGUCACACAAAUAAACACCGACACUGAACUAGCGCUGGCUCAGCA